CCUGUCACUUGGAAGUCUUUGGCAGUCACUUUCACAAUUGGUGGAGUCUUGUUGGCAGGGAUGAAGUACUUCAAGAAGGAAAAAGAAGAAACACUGGAGAAGGAGCGAACUAGAUCAAUGGGAAGACCAGCACUUGGAGGUCCUUUUUCUCUGAUUGAUCAUACUGGACGGAGAAGAACAAGUCAGGAUUACUUAGGCCAAUGGUUGUUGAUUUACUUUGGAUUCACACACUGCCCUGAUGUCUGUCCUGAGGAGAUGGAAAAAAUGGUGGAAGUGGUGGACGAAAUUGACAAAAUUAAAAGUUUGCCAAACUUGACACCUUUGUUCAUCACAAUUGAUCCUGAAAGAGACAAUGUGGAGGCUGUAGCAAAAUACGUUAAAGAAUUUUCUCCCAAAAUGAUUGGCUUGACUGGGUCACAUCAAGAAGUCGAACAGGUUUCAAGGGCCUACAGAGUCUACUACAGCCCAGGGCCCAGGGACGAGGAUAAUGACUACAUAGUGGACCACACAAUCAUCAUGUAUCUUAUUGGACCUGAUGGCAGUUUCAUUGAGUACUAUGGUCAGAAUAAGAAGAACUCUGAAAUUGCAUCUUCUAUAGCUUCUCAUAUGAGAAAGUACAAGCAAAGAAGUUAACUGCAGUCACAUUUUUGUCAUGGAUGUCUUGUCUUGUAUAAAUGUCCAUAAAACUGAAAGAAUUCUUUCUUAAAAUACUAUUCAUUAUUUAUAAAGAAUUGGUAUUGCACCUAAAUUACAUUGAAUUAGUCUUAUUUGAGGUAGUAUCGUAUAGAAAAUCUUCAAUAAACAUUUUUCUGUUUCCAAUGUCUCAUUUAAGUCUUUUUUAAUAAAACUAUACUGCUUUUGAAGAAGUGAUGGCA